ACUUCCAUCUGCUAACAACCAACGGCAGUAGGACAGAGCAGUGCAAUACGUCUCCCAUACACACUCGCACGAUUAUUGUAGAACUCUGACAGAAGUGUGGGAGGAAGAGAAGAGACGAGAAGCAGCAAGAAGCAGCACCAGCGGUACCUACCCCUACCAUCGGCCAGCAGCAGCAGGAGCAGUGCAACAGUGGCAGGUUAUGCUCGUUAUGCUUUACGUGAUUCGUAGUACUUUUUCCAAAUUGCAAGGCAAAUAAUCGCGGCUGUGAUAGCUAAAACGGUAACCUUAGCAGCAUCUAUUCUGAUGUCAAUUAUACAUUUGCGAAGAGCAAAACGCCUGGCAAAUAGAGGCUAAAAAGAGAAUGAGUGAGACUGUGCCAAAGUACUAUGGAAAAAGACGAAGCAUUGUCCGUCGUAUAGGGUCGUUUUUGCCACUCAAACCACCACCAAAGAUUUAUGUCAGAGUCACGGCCUUGCAUUCUAUGACAAAUUCAAUGAUAAAUGACGAGACGACCAAUGAUUUUGUUGAUACGAACGGCACUGGUGGAGCAGCAUGUGGAAUACUAUCUGGCAGUAAACCCGAUUUGUUGGAACCCAUAAGCUUUGGUUCGGAAGUAAGAUUACUGGCUCUGGAGCAAGAACUUCAGGAACUGAGAACCCAAGUGUCGAUGAUAGUUAAAAGCUCUGUUCCUCCCCAAAGCAACAGUUCAGCUGUAUCUUUGUCGAAUGGCGGUAGCCCGGACUCUGCACGUGGCCAGCGGUUUCCUCCGCCUCCCCCUCCUCCUCCGCCACCCACGACGCCCCACAUAGCAAGGAGGGCCAGUCUUCAGGAUCACAAAUUAGAGGAGCGGAAAAAACCUCUGACCUCUCAAAAAUCAAUGGGCGAUAUGCUCAAAGAUAUUGAUAAAGUGAAACUCAAACCGAUCCAAAGAUCACCCGGUGGUCGACCGUUGAAAAUAAAACGUGAAAAUAGUCCAUGCAACGAUUUACAAGAAAUUCUGCGACGACGAUACAUAGCGAUGCGGUCGCCGGAGAGCAAGAAUUCAUCGAUUAACUUCGAUCCGGAUGAUUCCUUCUGAAAACGGCGUUCAGGUUCGAUCUCUAAGAUCCUGAAGAAACGGAUGGGCCUACCCGUUCGGUAUUAAUUCCGACUGAUUUCGAGGUCGUCCAUCGAAUGAACGAAUGCUCGCUCGCUCAAAUGGUUCUUCACUAUUUAUUCUCCGGUGGACUAUCGCUCGCUCACUCGCACCUUGCACCAACGAUAUUCUCACUUUUAUAAUCGCUGCGGUACCAUUCGAGAGAUUAUCGAGAGGAGGCAGCGCCAGAAGAAAAUGGAACGAGAACCAACUGAUAGAGAGAAAAAGUGUUACGAGGAUGAUGAAGAUGUUCCGGCGCACGAUGCGUCCAAGUUUUCGUUGCCAUUAUAAUAUUUUAGUUUUAUUUUCCACUCUUUCGGAGUGCUGCCAUACGAGAUUGAGUCCAUUAUUUUUCUUCUUUUCUCGAACGAGAAUCCCACCUGAUCAAGUUGCAGAAAACGAUAUCUAGUGCGCUAGUUCCUAAACAAUAAAUUCCCAUUCCUCCGGAACAAUAACAAAUCGAUUACACGAUUUGAAGCCUCGAUUCAUGUGCGUAGCAGGUUCGUGCGAGUGGUAUGAAUACAUACAAAUAGUAUGUACAGGGACAACAUUCGGCGUUUGUUCGUUGUCUUAAAAGUUUAUUUUCUGUCAUUCUUUGCCAAUUUUAUUUAUCGUACCGGUUACGAGACGCCGCAAUAAUCGUUGUCACCGAAAAAAAACAGAUUCAAACAUAUUAAUCUCUUUUUGUUCACGUACAAUUAUACCCAAUUCGUUAGAGAAUAACAAUGAAGUGUAACAACUUUGUGUUUCGACUGGCCCACGGUUUCUGCGCCCAAUUUUGGGUACUGUGCAUUCGUCACCAACGCGACACUAGUAUCGUGACUGCCGAUGCUCGAGUCAUGAUAUAAAUAUAUCUCGAGGGCGCAUUUUAUCGUGGAGGCUUGGCGAGCCUGCGCCCUGGUUUCUCCUUCAUCAAGAAGAACGGAAAAAAAAACAAACGAACCAAGCUAACGGGGCAACGUACUAUACAAUACGAUGUUUUAUACGUCAGGCUUUUACGAAAAAAAACUUGGAAAAAUAAACGUUAUUGUUGAAACAAAAAA